AUGAUCAAGUUUAAUGAGACCACUGGGAGCCAGGUGACUGAAUUUAUUCUCACUGGCAUCACAAACAGUCCUGAGCUGCAGGGCCCCCUCUUUGUUGUGUUUUUCCUCAACUACAUGGUCACAGCUCUGGGGAAUCUGGGUAUUAUCAUCUUAACCACUGUGGAUUCCCACCUCCAAACCCCCAUGUAUUUUUUUCUCAGGCAUCUGGCAUUUGUUGAUCUUGGCUAUUCCACAGCUAUCGGGCCAAAAAUGCUGAAUGGUUUUAUAGAGGAGAAAAAUAUCAUUUCUUAUAAUGGAUGUGCAAUACAAGUAGUAUUCAUUGGGAUAUUUAUCACAAGUGAAAUUUUUAUCCUGUCAUCCAUGGCCUAUGAUCGCUAUGUGGCCAUCUGUAAACCCCUCCUAUAUAUGGUCAUCAUGUCAGAAAGGGUUUGUUGGAUCUUGGUGGCUAUCUCAUACCUCUAUAGCACAAUAGUAUGCCUACUGAUCACCACAAAGAUUUUUAUAUCAUCUUUCUGUAAAUCAAAUAUAUUACGAUAUUUCUACUGUGACUGUAUGCUUAUAUUGUCCCUUAUAUGCUCAGACACAAGUGAGACUGAACUAAUUAUUAUGACCUUUUCUGCAAUUAAUUUGGUUUCUUCCCUCUUGAUUAUCCUUGUCUCUUACAUGCUCAUUCUUGUGGCCAUCCUCAGAAUGAACUCUGCUGAGGGCAGGCACAAAGCCUUUUCCACCUGUGGCUCCCAUCUCACUGUGGUGACUGUGUUCUAUGGGACACUUCUCUUCAUGUACCUGCAGCCUCAAUCCAGCCAUUCCUUUGACACAGACAAGAUGGCCUCUGUGUUUUACACUCUGGUCAUCCCCAUGCUCAACCCUUUGAUUUACAGUUUGAGGAACAAAGAGGUGAAAGGUGCCUUGAAAAGACUAUUUUAA